UAUGGACCUGCUCCUGAAUAUUCAGCUCGUUUGGACUUCGUCCUUUUCCUCCUAAAUUCCAGUUUGUCUUCCACCGUCGGAAGCAAGCUCAAACCCUCCCUCCUUCCGUGGAAUCAUCUUCUCCGCCAUCGCCGACGCAGGAGACUAUGUAUCCACCGCCACAUCUGCAGUCGUUGCCUUGUCUCCAUCGUAGUCUAUGACGGAAGCUCCGUCGCCAUUGUUUUUCAUUUUCUCGAUUUCAUUAAUUUUUUCCUUGAGAAGUUUUCAUUCGCGAAGGCUUGUGAGUUACAGUUAGGUCUGUGGAACUGAAAAUUUUCAUCUCUACCUAUGUUCAUUCAAUCUGGAGUGGUCAGUACAUUCAGGCUUGUGAGUUACCGUCGCCAAUGUUGCUUCAUUUUCUCAAACCUUACCAGGCAUGGCUGGUUUGUCUUUUGAACAAAUCAAAUGGGAAAUGGAAGUAAAUGACACUUCAUUCGAUGCAAGGACAAGUAAACAACAACUGUGCAAGCAUAAUCACAAAG